GGAUACAGUGUGUUGUACUCAAGUCAUCUAAAAACAGAAUGUAUUCUAGCAUAUUCACAAAUCCAUAUGCCACAGAAGUACUGAAAACUAAAAAGAAUGAACUUGUGGAGGGAAUAAAAAAUCCCGAUCACCUUCUGGACUGGCUGAUAGAAAAUGGUGUCCUUACAUCUGAGAAAAAAAUUAUUUUAUCCUACUAUAGAACACGAAUGGCAAAGAAUUCUCGCAUUUUGGAUAUCUUGGCUUCUCAAGGUGAGCGAGCUUGCAGACUUUUUUUUUAUCCAUGCUUGAAACAGAUUGAGCCACACUUAUAUAGCAAUAUGAGGAAUUAUGUGAGUGAUGUGAAUGGGAAAAUUGGAGAUGCCAGAAGACAACUGAUAGGGUAUCUCCUUGAAAAAGAUAAAGGAUGGUUUCAAAAGGAUAAGGCUCCAUAUCAAGAGGAAAAAGAUAGCCCUAGACCUAUUAAGCCAAAAAAGCUGAUUUGUGAUAAACCUAAAAUAAAAACCACUCUGGCAGCAGGACAAUCUGUAGACAGUAACUUUAAUGUUCCUACUGUCUUUGAUUUGGUAAGGAAAGGAAUUCUUUCUGAUUUGGAAAAAGCUUUAAAUGGGAGUAAUGUGAAUGCAACAAACUCUGCAGAUGAAACUCUCUUACACAUUGCAGCAGCCCAUGGACACACUGAAAUAAUUGAUUAUUUAAUCAGCAAAGGUGCCAAACUGGAGGUCAAGGAUAACAAAGGAAGAACCCCACUACACAGAGCUGCUGGGAGAGGUCAUGAUAAAGCAGUGAAAAUGCUGCUCCAAGCUGGUGCCAACAUGUACAGUUUUGAUCAAGAAGGCAAAACUCCACUUCACUUGGCUAAUCAGAACCAGCAUAUUCAUGUUCUAAAGAACAUCUUGAAAGAAGAGACAAGACGACACAGGAAUCAGCACAACUUCCUGCACAUGGCUGCUCUCAAGGAUGAUAGUGACCUGGUUCAAAUGCUUUUAAAAAAUGGCGCUUUGAUAGAUGCCAAGGAUGAGAGAGGCCAGACUGCCUUGAGCUAUGCUGUAUCUCAGGGACAUAAGAAGACUGUCAAGGUACUGUUGGAAGGUGGUGCCAAAGUCGAUUCCAACAUAAUUGAUGCAGCCUUUAAUAGCAACAACCAAUCUCUCUUCAAAUUAUUGCUGGAAUAUGCCAGAGGACUGUCAUCUGAAACUAUGGUAUCAACUUUGUUUAAAGCCAUAGAAAAAGAUCUGCAUGGCAUUGUAGCUGCUUUAAUUGAAAGAGGUAUGGAUGUUAAUGUCCGUAAUGAAGAGCAGUACACACCAUUGCUUGUGGCAUGUGAAAUGGGGAAGAUUAAGUCAGCAGAAGUUCUCAUUGAGAAGGGAGCCAACUUGAAGGACAAGGCCCCUAACUCAAGUAGCCCCUUACACCUAGCAGUUCAAGCUGGGUCCUUUUCCAUUGCAAAGAUGCUUCUGCACAAGGGAAUAGAUCCUAACAUCACAGCUCAAGGAGCUCAAACUCCCCUCCAUGUUGCUGCAAUAUACAACCGAGGAGCAUUAGUUGACCUGCUGAUUGAAGGAGGAGCUAAGAUUGAUGCAGCCACCACAGAACUAUUCACUCCAUUGCACAUGGCAAGUGAUAAAGGUCACAUUGAUGUAGCUCUAAAGCUGUUGCAACAUAGAGCCAAUGUCAACCUCAAGAAUAAGCGAUCAAAGACACCUCUUCAUCUUGCAGCUGAAAUGGGGAAUCCUGCUAUGGUGGAGCUGCUUCUGAAUUCCAAGGCAGAUCCAAAUGCAACAGAUAAAGAGAAAAAGACUCCACUUCAUUUUGCAUCUAUGGGAGGCCAUUUUUAUGCAGUGAAAUCACUGUUAGUUAAGAAGUCUAGAGUCGGAAGCAAAGACAUGGAUGGCUGUACACCAAUGCAUUAUGCAGCCAUCAGUGGAAAUAUGGAGAUACUAAAAGAACUUUUGAUUGCUGGAGAUAAUAAAAAUAUCAAUGACAAAAAUAUUUGGAGAAAGACACUAUUGCAUCUUGCAGCAGAACAUGGACACAGUAAUUUAAUAGAUUUUUUGUUGAGCAAUGGCUCAGCUAUUAAUGCCUUAGACAACAAUAAAGAUACCCCAUUGCAUUGUGCUUGCAAAGCUGGUCAUUUUGAUUCUGUAAGCGCACUGCUCAACUGGUCUGCACGAGAUAAAGCAAAUCUACAGGCUACUAAUAGCUUGAAGAAGACACCACUGCAAGUAGCAGAAUCCAGUGCCACCGAACACCAAGCUCGAAUUGUUAAUCUUUUGAAGAAGACAAUGUUACUGAUAAGGUAGAUUUGCAAAGAGGGAACUAUAUAAUACAUCUUGUAUAUCUAACUUAAGAGAUCCAGUUAAAGAUCUAACUAAUGCAUAUAGUUUGCCCCAACCUGGUAUCCUCCAGAUGUUUGGGCUCACAAAAUCAGAAUACCACAUCUUCUCAGUGAAUCUGCAUUUGGCUUUUCACUGCAGGGAUGAAGCACACCUGAUUUAUCUUUAACUGGAUCUUUUGAGAAAAAACAAAUAAGCCAAGAUUGCAGUGGAAAGAGGGCUGUAAAUUUGAUCUCAGGAGCAACCCUAUAGAAAGCCCUACCUUCUGAACCAUCUAUUUGUACAAUCUGACUCACAACUCCAGACACAGUUAAAAUUAUGUUAAAGAUACCACAUAUUUCUAUAAAAGCAACUGUGUUCUAAGCAGAUUACUUUCAAAUACUGAGGCUACUCUCUAUAGUGUAUAUAUGCAUCAUACUAUAGACUGUGUUGCCUUCCGUGGGGCAGUUAAAGGCAACUUAUUUUUGAUAGUAGCACCAAACCUGCAAAAUGCUUCACUAUAUAAGUUUAAGACAUUUUCUUCCUUGUCCUAGCCAGUGUUCUUCUUCAGCAAGGCUUGAUUUGGCUUACUACUUGCAUGUAGUUUUGG